AUGUCGGAAUCCGCGCCGUUGCUCUCCUCUUUCCAGGGAGCAAGUGAUGAGUUUCCCAGUAUCCUAGAAGGAAAGAAAGUGCUCCUAGCAACAGAAUCCUGGGGCCCCGUCAAUGGCGUCAGUCGCACCACGCGCAGUUUAGUCGAGUACUUGCAAGCAAAUGGCGUCGAUCUCAUCCUGGUUGCACCUGAUUUCAAGGGUGAUGCUGCUAAGCAAACUCAAUCAUGGGAGCGACGGCUGCCAGGAUGCGCCCUGCCGUACAACCCAGACUUGACGGUGGUCUACCCAUUUCACAUUGGUGAUGUCUAUCGACAGGCCUUCAAGCCGGACAUCAUCUAUCUGGCCAGUCCCGCAUCUCUGGGAUUUCAGAUGCUGUUGCAGAUUCGUCAACUCCGAUCCUCGCCCCCGGUGCUGCUCAACUUCCAGACAGAUCUAUCGGCCUAUUCGGAGAUCAUGCUUCCCGCGCCACUGGACCAGUUCGGAGUCUGGCUGCUGGGAAUAGUACAAGGCUUUUUGUUUCGCUCGCCUGCAGUGCACACCAUAUUUUACCCCUGUUCAGCCAUUCGUGGUUAUCUUGAACACGUGGGAGCCCCCACCAACCGAAUGGUCCAGUUGGGCCGCGGAGUCGAUACUGUUCUCUUCACGCCCGACCAGCGAGACGAAGCGUAUCGCCAGCAGAUUGCCCCGAAUGGAGAAAUCAUUCUCAUCUGCGUCUGUCGCAUUGCACCAGAGAAGGGCUUUGAAUUCCUCGCACAAGUCGCAAUACGUUUGGUCGCAGAGAAGAUACCUUUCAAGCUGCUCGUCGUUGGGGGGAAUCGCAACCCGGUCGUCGAAAACAGAGUCAAGCAAUUAUUCGUAGAAAUUCCCAAUCAUGUCGUCUUCACAGGGUUCCUCACCGGGACAUCGCUGGCUCGCGCCUAUGCCUCAGCGGACCUUUUCCUGCACUGCUCCGUUACCGAAACAUUUGGACUCGUCGUUCUGGAGGCCAUGGCCAGUGGAAUUCCCGUCAUUGCCCGAGACCAGGGUGGGCCCUCCGAUAUUAUUCGACAUGGCCAGACCGGAUUUCUUGUUCCACCACAGGAUGUCGCCCAAUUUAUCAAAUUUACCCGGGAAGUAUCAAAAAAUACUUCCCACCGGAAGAAGCUCUCCACGGCGGCCCGUCAACAAGCAGAAGACACAACCUGGGAAAAUAUUAAUCGUCGCGCCGCCUGGCAAAUUGCGGAGGCGUUGACUAAUGCAGACCAGGAGUCGCACAGUCCUUCGCGGCAGCCCCGAACUGGCAUCCUCGCACGGGUCAUCGAGCAGGUCUGCCUGGUGCUGGCCGUCGGAGUUGUCUAUGGCAUGUGGCUGAUCGCCGUGGUUCCCUUGAUCGUGCACGGUCAUCGAUUUCUGCCUCGGGCGUGGCAGGCGCUGCGGAACCAGUUCCAAUGCAGUCGUCCUCUGUGA